CACAUUCAGGCAAGAUGAGUCGAUCGAUCGAUGACUCCAAGAUGAGAGCGAGCUGCUAUUUGAUGGAAGGGGUUGACAUACAUGAUGAUGGUGUUGCUACGAAAGGCAGUGGGAUAUUUGUGAUAAAAACAAAUCACAUUGCAUAAAUAUAAUUUCCGUAAUAGCUGUAACUGACACGGAAGAAUAUCAGCACGAUAUGCAGUUAUGAAGCGGGUACGCACGGAGCAGAUCCAGUACACUGUAGCUCAGUACCUGAAGCGGAGGCAGUAUGUGGAUACUGAAAGUUCCCUGAAGGGGGCUAAACUGUCCCAGUCCGCAGAGGAGAUGGCUGCCAACCUCACAGUGCAGACAGAGUCGGGGUGUGCAAACAUUGUCUCUGCUGCCCCUUGCCAAGCUGACCCUCAACAGUACGAGACCCAAUUUUCCAGACUACGCAAUUUUCUCUCAGAGGCAGCAUUGCCAUGGGGCCAGGAGGUGAGCUGCGUCCUGUACCCGCUCUUCGUUUAUCUCCACCUGGACAUGGUGCGCUGCAGCCUGAAGGGGGCGGUGGACGGCUUCUACAGCCGCUUCCACGGCCUCUUCCUGGGGGACGCCGAGCAACGCUCCACCGUGGAGCAGCUUCGCCACGUCCUCACCCAGCAGGAUGUUAACGCCAACCCUAAGCUCCUGGCCUUCCUUGACCACAAGUAUGUGGUGAACCUGACAGAGCCGGCCUACAGUUACUUGUUACGCUAUCUGCAGAGCGAAGACAACAGUACCCUCUGUAGGGCCCUCAGCACCCAAGUCCAGGUAGAGGUCACCUCCUCACCACGCACCGACUACCAGCUGUAUGGGGCGACGGGUGCGGGAGCCGCUGGGGCCGCCACUACGGCCCCUAACUCUACCUCCUCGUGGACAGGAGCAGAUGGCCCUGAGCGAGGGGAGGCCGCAGGGGUGGAGGUCCCCACAGGGAUCCCGCAGAGCGAGGCGGCCCUGGAGGCACUGCAGGACUGCAUUAAGAAGGUGCGUGAGGGGCCGCCGUCACUCACCACCGUGUGCUUCUACGCCUUCCAGCACACGGAGCAGCUGCUGAACGCGGCAGAGGUGUCGGCCGACAGCAAGCUGCUGGCCGCCGGGUUCGACAGUUCGGUCGUCAAGCUAUGGAGCCUUAGGGCCAGGAAACUGAAGGCCAGGCCACACCGGGCCGACGUGUCACACAUCCGCUUAGCAUGCGACGUGCUGGAAGAGGAGGCAGAUGAAGAGGACGGCUCGGGCAGCGAGAUCAAGACCCUGCGCGGCCACAGCGGUCCGGUGUUCCGCACGGCCUUCCUGACAGACAGCUCGGGCCUGCUGUCCUGCUCGGAGGACACGUCCAUUCGCUACUGGGACCUAGGCAGCUUUACCAACACGGCCCUCUACCAGGGCCACGCCUACCCUGUCUGGGACUUGGACGUCAGCCCCUGCAGCCUCUACUUUGCCAGCGGCUCCCACGACCGCACCGCCCGCCUCUGGACCUUCUCCAGGACCUACCCCCUGAGGCUCUACGCUGGCCACCUAGCAGACGUGGACUGCGUCAAGUUCCACCCCAACUCAAACUACCUAGCCACAGGCUCCACGGAUAAAACUGUCCGCCUCUGGAGUACCCAGCAGGGGGCGUCAGUGCGCCUGUUCACAGGCCACCGCGGCCCUGUGUUGUCUGUAGCCUUCGCGCCCAAUGGGAAGUACCUGGCGUCAGCGGGCGAGGACCAGCGGGUGAAGCUGUGGGACCUGGCCUCAGGGGCUCUGGUCAAGGACCUGAGGGGCCACACGGACAGUGUCACCAGCCUGUCGUUCAGCCCCGACAGCAGCCUGGUGGCCUCCUCUUCCAUGGAUAACUCAGUCAGGGUGUGGGACAUCCGAAACUCCCAUGGGACGACUCACGCGGACAGCUCGUCCAGCGAGCUGGUGGGGCUCUACACGGGCAACACCAGCAACGUGCUCAACGUCCAGUUCAUGGCCUGUAACUUGCUCCUGGUGACUGGAACGGCGCAGGAAAAACAUGGACAGUAGCCAUUUUGUUUUGUCUGGCCUGUUUGUCUGUUUAGUUUUGUUUUAAAAGACUGUUGUGUCUGGAGUGUCUCAUCUCAGACAUGGUCACCAUGGAGACAUGUAUGUUUUCUUCCCUAAGCCAAUUACAGAGAGGUUUAAUUUCAGGUCAAAAGGUCACUUGCUAAAAUUGCCCACUCAAUGUUGUUUUUGACAAGAUCUCUGAGUAGAAAAAGUGAUGUUAAUCUGAACAUACUAAAAAAAUGACUUGGUUUUAUUUUGAUGCUUAUAUCCACAAUGCCAAAAUGAGAGGUUGAAGUCAGAAGUUUACAUACAUCUUAGCCAAAUACAGUUAGACUCUACAGUUUUUCACAAUUUCUAACAUUUAAAAGUACAAAUUCCCUGUCUUAGGUCAUUUAGGAUCACCACUUUAUUUUAAGAAUGUGAAAUGUCAGAAUGAUAGUAAAUUUAUUUCAGCUUUUAUUUCUUUCAUCACAUUCCCCAGUGGGUCAGAAGUUUACAUAAAGUACGAUUUUUGUCCCCAUGUGCAGUUGCAAACCAUAGUCUGUCUUUUUUUGUGGCGGUUUUGGAGCAGUGGCUUCUUCCUUGCUGAGCGGCCUUUCAGGUUAUGUCGAUAUAGGACUCGUUUUACUGUGGAUAUAGAUACUUUUGUACCUGUUUCCUCCAGCAUCUUCACAGGGUCCUUCGCUGUUGUUCUGGGAUUGAUUUGCACUUUUCGCAACAAAGUACGUUCAUCUCUAGGAGACAGAACGCGUCUCCUUCCUGAGCGGUAUGACAGCUGUAUGGUUUUCUUAGGUCUUGGCUGAUUUCUUUUGAUUUUCCCAUGGUAUCAAGCAAAGAGGCACUGAGUGUGAAGGUAGGCCUUGAAAUAAUCCACAGGUACACCUCCAAUUGACUCAAAUUAUGUCCAUUAGCCUAUUAGAAGCUUCUAAAGCCAUGACAUCAUUUUCUGACAUUUUCCAAGCUGUUUAAAGACACAGUCUUUAGUGUACGUAAACUUCUGACCCACUGGAAUUAUGAUACAGUGAAAUAGUCUGUCUGUAAACAAUUGUUGGAAAAAUGACUUGUCAUGCACAAAGUAGAUGUCCUAACCGACUUGCCAAAACUAUAGUUUGUUAACAAGAAAUUUGUGGAGUGGAAAAAAGUUUUAAUGACUCCAACCUAAGUGUAUAUAAACUUCUGACUUCAACUGUACAUGUAAGAGGGUAGAUUCAUUGGAAAUAACUUUGAUUUAUGGCAUUUUCACCAAGAACUACCUGAUGGGUUCUACUAGUGAGACCUCAUAACUUUUCAGGGUUCCCAAAUAUUUCCAAUAAAUUCACAUCCAAGUAGAAUUUCCAUGUAGAAUGUUAGCUUGGCAUGGUUCCGGAUGAGGAUUGCAUUUUGGGUCUAGUGCCUUGAGGGUCAACACCUGUUUUAUUCGGUCACGCACAAAAAUCACAUUGAUCUAAAAAAUGGGUCUCUGGCUAUUCGAUUACUUGAGUUGUUUAAAAAUCAGCAUCUCCCCAGAAUUUGUCCUCAUACAGUUGUUAAACGUCAUCACCGCUAACUGAGAAUGUUGGUAUGCUAUGAAAUGCUGAACUGCGACCAAUAUGAGAGUAAUCACAGGGAAAGAAUGACAACUGUACUUUGUUUCUUACUAUUCUGUUAGUGGCAUUAUUUGUAAUAUGCUGAGAAGUGUAAACAUAUUUUUGUAAUCUCUGACUGGCUGUACCUGGGUUUUAUAUUUCAAGAGAGAUGGCACCCUGUUGCAUGUUUGUGGGUGAAAAUGAAUUGAUAAAGUUACGAGAAAGA